CUUUUCUUGUCACUCUAUUUCCCAUUUUUACACAGUACAAAUUGAUCUUUUCAUGAAUGGCAGACACCAGAAAGAAGAUUACAAGUUAUUUUAGUAUUGAUUCUUGACUGUUAAAUAUUAUAUGUCACCAAAGAAAACAGUGAUCAUCAACUAAAGAAAAGGACAUCAAAUUCUGUAUUUAAAAGAAAACAAGAUGAAACUGCUCACAGUGAUAUUGUUGCUGGCUCUAAAUGAUGCCUGCAUCUGCAGCCAUGAUGAGAGCAGUGAUGAGAGCAGUGAAAGCAGUGAUGAGAGCAGUGAAAGCAGCAAACUCAAUGUAGAAGAUGUUGAAGAGGAACUCAAAGAAUUUUUGAGUGAUUUCAGUGAUGCAUUCAAAGUACCUGAAUGUGCAACCAACAUGAAUCCUGACUGCUCAGCAGUUGGGGCAUCCUAUGCUGAGGAUGGUAUCUUAGCAUUACAAGGGGUCCCAACUGCAUUUGGAAGAGAAGCCAUUGCACAACUCACAGAGGGUUUCAAGACAUCAAUUCCUAGUGCAUUUGUCGAGGUUAAUAUUGAAAACAUCAAGGUGGAUAAACGCAGUGCCACUGCAUUUGGUAUCCAGACUCUAUUUGUAGAUGGGGAAAUAGUCAGUGAAAAUCGAGUGUUGAUCCACUUCAUUAAGGAAUGUGAUGAGAAAGAAGAUAGCAAAGAAGAUAAUGAGUGGAAGAUACAGUACUUGCUUGACAACAACAUUGAUGUAUAAUUGAGUAAUAAGAAUGCAAACAUGAAUAUUUCUAAAGGACUAAAGGAGAAUCCUACCAAGUUGAAGAGUUAACUUAUAGAUUUGUUUGUUUUGGUUUCUUGAAUAAAAUCGGUAUACAAAUCUGAAUUUUUGU